AUGGCAACUUCUUGUAGUCAAUCAACAUUGGAAAUGCUUCCCGAUGAGAUUUUAUUAGAAAUCUGUAAAUAUUUAUUAUGUGCUGAUAUUCUAAUGUCUUUAAUUGGAUUAAACUAUCGAAUAACACAAAUGAUUACUAACUAUCGUCAUCAUAUUUCAUUACAUAAAACAUCUAUUUCAAAAAGCGAUUAUUUAUGUAUAAAUAUUCUUCCUCAAAUUGGUUCUCAAAUUCGUACAUUACUAAUUGAUUGUUGUUAUUCCAUCUUACAAGAUGAUUUAUUCAUUGAACAUUUUGGCAAGAAAAUGUCAAUAAUAUUUCCUAAAUUGGAAAGAAUCAGUCUUGUUUCCUAUGAAUACAAUCAAUUAAUUGCCUUUAUUGAUACUCUGCAUGAUUUAAAUUAUCUUGUUGAGAUUCGUUUAUAUAGUCUCUUUUCAAUUCACGUAGAUAAUCAAUCAACAGUUAUUCGAUCACUAAGUCAAGCAAAUAAUCAUCGAUUGACAACAAUACUAAUUGAUGAUCGAUCGAGUCCUUUACAUUUUCAUCACACUGAUUGUUACUCGAAUACCAUUCGAUUGCGUAUCACGUUGAGAACAAGCGCAGAUUUACCAUCUCUUUUUCAUGCCGUUCCAAAUGUUCGAUAUCUAGACGUAGAACUUAGUGAAAGUGAUGACUCAUUGGAAUAUUUUGGUGGGCUGAAUUUAUCUCCUCGUUUUCAUCUUACCUAUUUUCAAUUCAAAUCUAUUCAGCAAUCGUGGAUGCUUGAAGAAUUGCUUAUAUUAUUUGCUCAAUUACCAAUAGUACGACAUCUAUCACUUUUUCUUUUGACAACUGAUAGACGUCUUAUCGAAGGUGGCACAAUUCUUCCAUCACUUCCUUUCUGUGCUCAACAGUUUGACUAUGCCAUUUGUUUUUUUGAUAAUAUGUUUGUUGAUCAAAUUGAUGCGAUUAUUGCCUCUUGGUCACCAUCUCAUCGAGUUACAUGUUUCUAUCAAAACCCAUUCUUAUUUAUUCAUACAUUACCAUGGCAUCUCGCUCGUAUUUCAUUUCCAGAACUUAUCACUAAAAUGAUAUCAUGCAGAUCUUUAGGAAUAAUAUCCAAAUGUCGUCAAGUGAGAGAAAUUACUUUUAGUGUUAAAGAUACAGGCGAAAUCGUUGAAGAAGAACAAUGUCCAAUAUUCCACAUUCCUAAAUUAUCUCGACUUAUUCAAGUCAACUUUUAUGGAUCAAUACCUUCUGAUCUGAACCAUUUUUCAUUUAUUCUUAAUGCUGCACCAAAUCUCUUUCGCUUGGAUUUACCUUUUGAUUAUUUAUGGUUGUUCAUCGAAAACCAACAAAUACGUCAUCUUCUUGAUCAACGUAUUACGUCACUUAGCAUUUUCAAAAACUCAACGAAAUCAUCGUCAAUAACACUCAAUGAAGAACACAUAUCUAUCAUUGCUUCUACAUUCUUUCGAGUUCAGGAUUUGUAUGUAGAUUUAACACAUUUACAGGAUAGUACAACAAUAGUCUCAAAUGACAAUAUUCUUGAAGAUUCCACAGUACGAAGCUUAUCCGUUCAGUCAUGUCAAGAGAAGUAUGAAGUCACAUCCUCAGGUUCAAGUGAAUCGAUGGUAGUACGUUUGUUAGUAGAAUUCCAAGAACAUAAACUUGUUAGUCUAUGUAUUACUGGAUUAUUCUUUGAAAAGAUAAAAACAGAUGUUAAACAAUGGUUACAAUGUAAUACCGUUCUUUGUGAACAACAAUUUGAAGCUGUUUAUAGCAACGAGUUACAUCGAUUACUCAUUUGGAUGUGA